AUGUCCCGCUCUUUCUAUGUCGGCUCCUUAAUCAUCAAAGCCUCCUCGAGGCCGGCUCCAUCCCUGCCUGAGCAUCACCACGGCCAGGACUUCUUCAUCCCUCUCAGCAUGCCUUCUCCCCUCGUCAUGUCCGUGUCGGGCCCGGGCUGCCCGUCCCGCAAGAGCGGCGCGUUCUGCGUCUGCCCGCUCUGUGUCACCUCGCACCUGCACCCCUCCCGCGGCGGCGGCGGCGGGGGUGGCGGCGGGGCCAUCCCCCUGCUCAAGACCCAGAAAGCUGCGGUAGAAUGUCUUUUCUCUCUUUUUUCCCUUUCCCCCGUCCCACUGAAGUUCUCUCUUCUCUCCCGUCCAGGAGGGUCCGAUUCCAGUCAAAUUCAAAACGGGAAAAGGAUGAGGACUGCUUUCACCAGCACCCAGCUCUUGGAGCUGGAGAGGGAGUUCUCCUCCAACAUGUACCUGUCCCGCCUUCGGAGGAUCGAGAUAGCCACCUACCUGAACCUGUCCGAGAAGCAAGUGAAAAUCUGGUUCCAAAACAGGAGGGUGAAGCACAAGAAAGAAGGCAAAGGCACCCAGCGGAACUCGCACGGAGGCUGCAAGUGCAGCACCAGUCAGGGGCACUACCCCAGGUCGGAGGACGAAGAGUCACUAUCCCCCUCAUCGGCUACGGAGGAUAAAGAAAUAUCCCCGUUAUGA